GCAUAAGCUAACUGCGGCAUCCGAGAAGCACCAUGAAGCUAGUCAGAUUUUUGAUGAAGCUGAAUAAUGAGACCGUCACCAUUGAAUUGAAGAAUGGCACGACCAUCCAAGGCACUAUUUCUGGCGUCGACGUGUCGAUGAACACGUACCUCAAGAACGUGAAGGUUACGCUGAAAGGCAAGAAUCCCGUCUCGUACGAGAGCCUGUCCAUCCGUGGCAAUAAUAUUCGCUACUAUAUUCUGCCGGAUGCCCUUAAUUUGGACGCAUUGUUGGUGGAUGAUGGUCCGAAAAAUAAGCUGAAGCCCGGGGCGCAAGCUGGAGGACGGGGUAGGGGGCGCGGAGUUGGCGGGCGGGGUG